CUUUGAGGAUCAUCAAAAGUCCGUCCGUCUUAGAGUUGCGACUAGGCUGGGGUUUGACGGCGGUCUUCUGUGUGUCUGAUUGGCUGUAAACUCAAUCGAGCCAGGAUACCUGGCAGCGUUUAUACAUGCCCCCUUCAUUGAGCUUGGCAUGGGAUGAGCUCCAAUGUUUGUCACUUUCCCGCAUACAUUUGACGGGCCCUUUCGCUGCACACUUCCGGGACGACGACUUCUUUGCUUGAUAGCGAAAGGGCACACAACAUAGACAACGUUUAUAAUUGCGGUUCGAAUUAUUAUCGAAACUCCCCACACGUACCUAGAGAAGCAAGCGAGCCUGCGAUUCUCCAAUGUCGACUCCCAAGAAUUCCACUAGCGACCCGAACGGAGCUCCCAAGGCCCCUUCACCUGCCCAUGCGACCACCAACCCAGAGCUCGAGCUCGCCAAGCUUCACGCUCUACCCGCUGAGCAGCAGGACCUGUUUCUGCUGACGUUCGUAUCCUCGCUCCACAAACAUGUUCAGGAACUGUCGGCAGAUGACUGCACAUCCCAACAAUUCUAUCUCAAGAAGGAGGUCUUCCAGAUCAUCAACCUGCCCACACCGUCGCCGAGUCGGGUAAUACGAAACAACCUCGGCAAAAUUCUGGGUCGCGUUUUUGAGAAGGGGGACCGGAAGCUCCUAUUCGAAACUGUCAAUGAGCUGGUGGCCAUCAUCUCGAGCGGCAAGGCCAAGACGGAUGCCGAAAUACGGACGCGGCACGCCGCCGUGAGCUGCUUAGGAGAUGUAUAUGCCGCCGCAGGAGACAGUGUGAUUGGCUUGCACCCGCUGGUAUGCGGUGCGCUGAUCAAGCUGCUCAAGUCGUCUACAAGUAACUCGGGUCUGCGCGCUGCCAUUCUCACAUCUCUGUCCAAGAUUGUGGUUAUGAUAGAAGGCAGUAUGGAUGAGAACAUUGCGCGGGACAUCUGGAAACAAGCGCGAAACGCUGCUUCCGCCGACAAGGGCGCCCUGUCAGUGAUCGCUGCCUGCCGUUGUUUGAAAGCUCUGGCGAGACAUACCCCCUUUUUCGAGAAUCAUAGCGACUUCGAGAACCUCAAGACGGCCGUUUUCAAGACCAUCGACUCGAGCUCGUCUCAUGUUCGCCAUGCGGCGGCAGACUGUCUGGCUGAGGCCAUGGUCAAGAGUCACUCGCACGCGGCAGUUGACAGCGCGGCCCCCAAAGUGAAGAAGUCAAAGUCAAAGGCGAACAAGCGUGCCUCGGUUCAGCCAGGCGCUGGACUUGCCGAGGAGGAUGAUAUUCCUACAUCACGGCCGGGUAGUCCUGCCCCUAGCGGCAAGAAGACACAGGAUCUCGCGCUGUCAUUUAGUGACAUAUUAAGGACCAUUUCUGCUCAGUACGUGCGCAUGGCUACCACGAACCGGGCGAGGGCUGCUCUGGGUGUGCUCUAUGGACGAGUUCUCCGGAGGUUUGGCGAGAAGACAGUCGAGGUCAAUUAUAUGAAGAUCGUCGAAAACCUCACGAUUGAGCUUCUGGGUAACCCGAGCAUCACAAACAACCGCUAUAGGUUAUUGAUGUCCCGACGUAUCGUGGACACCGUCCUGCAAACUGUCGUCGGCCAGAAACUACUGGGCGAGUCAGGGCAGAUGACGGCAGCAAAGGCAUUGAUCAACCAAGUCUUCAAAAAUUACCCCCAAGCACUCAAGGAACGGCCUGAGCCAAGUAAAAAUACUCUGAUUGCGACCCUCGGCGCCGUCGCUUCUCUCAUCCACUCGUUAGGGUCGGCGGCAAACAACUUUGCCGAACCCUGUCGCGACGGUCUCUUGCAAGUCCUGCAGCACCCCAGCUACAGCGUGCAGGUGUACGCGUCACAUUGCAUGAAGAGCUUCGUGCUGGCGUGUCCACAACAGCUAUUGCCCUGCCUGUCCGUGUGUAUGAACAGUCUCAGUAGGGAACUAUCUGUACUCGGUGGUGGUCGAAACUCCCCUCGACGGUGUAUCGGGUUCGCGCAUGGCUUGGCUUCGACUCUGAGUGCCAGCCCCGAACGGCCAUUGUACGGGUCGGUUGAUAUCAACAGCCGCGUUCUGUCCAUGGCUACCAAUCUUCUGAAAUCGAGUGGUAAAUCAGAGCUCCGAGCAUCAAGCACACAAAUACAAGUAGCUUGGAUCCUCAUUGGCGGUCUCAUGUCCCUGGGACCCAACUUUGUCAAGAUUCACCUAUCCCAAUUAUUACUCCUUUGGAAGAACGCCCUGCCAAAACCACUGGCAAAAGACAACACAUCUUCACGCAGUCUGCUAGAAGCAUCAUUCCUGACUCAUGUCAGAGAAUGUGCACUCGGUUCCAUACUUGCGUUUCUUCAGUUUAACAGUCGGCUGUUGACUGUGGACGUGUCGAAGCGCAUUGCGACCAUGUUACAGAGCACCACGGCAUUUCUCAGAACGUUGCCUUCCAAGAAAACAAGCGACGAUAUCUCGCAGAGACUGACCCCAGCCCUGCAGCUUCACGAUCUUGAUUUGAUGGUGCAGCGCCGUGUUCUUCAAUGCUACACGAAGCUAGUGAACCAAAGCCCGCCAGGAGGGAGUGAAGCCCUGUUGCAGUCCAAUCUGCUGACACUGGCCAUAUCUCUCUUCGCAGACCCCGAGAACUACGCAAACUCUCUGAGCGCAUCGAUUGCUAAUGCUGCCGGAACAUUUGAGACGGUCUGGGAAGUUAGCGACAAUUCUGGUUUCGGAGUGACGGGUCUUAUCAACGGCUUCAAACUGAAGAAGCUCCCAGGACAACAUGAGAGCUCGUCUGACGAACCAGUGGAUGAUGAAACUGAUGCUGACAGCAUCAUCGAUGACCUUCUGAAAUCACCCAUCUGCCCGUCCCUUGAGCAUGACGCGGCUGUGCUUUACAUUGGAGAGCUGGGUGAAACGCCUGGUCUUCCAGAUCCACCAGGGACUGAGGUGGUCAAUAUGGCCAUUCAGCUAUUUGCAUUUGUUUUUCCUCUCACGCCAACCAAAGUGCAGGAAAGCAUCCUGGAGCAAAUAGCGAACUUUCGCUCAGCGGGCUCACUGCAACGCGACUCAGGCCGUAAAGCAGCCAUAAAUGUCAACAUCGCCACUGCACUUUUGUCCACGCUUAAAGUUGCCGUCAGGGAGACCUCGUCCCCUCAUGGCGACGUGACCAACCCGGCUGUGGAGAGGCUCCUUCAGGAGAUGAUUCGAGGAUUUGUCGUUGAUCCAGAUCAAUACAUACGCAACUUGGGUUACGCAGCUAUUGCAAGACUUUGCAAUGCUUGCGGUAAUGCUUUUACGAAUCAUGAGAUCAAACAUCUUGUCGACACCAUCGUCAGCAACCGGGAGCCCAGUGCGCGAGCUGGAUGUGCUAUGGCUCUGGGUUAUAUACAGACGAAGGUGGGUGGAAUGGCUGCUGGGUAUCAUCUCAAGACAAUUCUGGGAAUUCUCAUGUCACUAUGCAACGACCCGCACCCCACAGUACACUAUUGGGCUCUCGAGGCGCUAUUGAAAGCAACAGAUGCGGCCGGUCUUGGGUUUGCCCAAUUCGUGUCCAGCAGUUUGGGAAUGCUAGCUCAACUGUACCUCUCCGACACCCAUCACGCUGAAGUGCCCUCGGCCAUCACUAUGAACUUGGAAAUGGAACUGUCCACCCCAAGCUCUAUUACCCGCUGCGUCGACUCUUUGAUCAAUGUGCUUGGUCCGGAUCUGCAAGAUGCGACAAAAUCACGCGAACUGAUUCUGACGCUGGUGGGUCAACUCCAGGCAGAAGAUGACCUCGACGUGCAACGGGCCAGUCUCGGCUGCUUAGAGCAUCUCUCGCUUUAUGCUCCUGGAUAUAUGACGUUCGCGGACUACGUCAAACUGCUCCAGAAAUAUUUCAACUGCGAGUUCCCCGUCCUCCGAGAUGUUGCCGUCGAUGGCCUCUAUAACAUCAUGAAGAGGAACUCCGACGACGUAUUGAACGCUGCGGACGAAGGCUUUGAGGACCAGCUCUGGCUAGUGUUGGACAGCAGCCCUACUCAUGACGGCAUCCACAACGUCAUACGGAAUUGGAUGCGCCAGACGUCGUUGACAGAUACGUCGUCCUGGCUUGUUCGUCUGCAGAGCGUGCUCAAGAUGACGAGGCCGAAGGAGACCGAGGAGUCGAGACAAGCAAAUAACCAAACCCGUGCCAUUGUCGAUCUUCAGGAUGAAGAAGUGGCUGGGUUUGCUGCUGCAGCUGGAACAAACAAAGACGAGAAGGACGCAGGCGCGGGGUCCGAAAUCGAGCCGCUGCGUUGGCAGGUCCGAACGUUCGCAAUGAGCUGCUUGAACGAGAUAUUCGUUCUCAUUACGAAAGACGUUUCUACGAACGGGGAAUCUCCAGCUCAAAUUGCAUUGCAGGCUAAAAUCGGCGACGUCGUGCGCAUGGCGUUCUCGGCUUCGACUUCCAGCGUCCUUGAGCUGAGGAUAUGGGGUCUGAGAAUCAUAGGCGCGGUCCUCCGAAUGUUUGGCAAGGCCCAGGACCCUGACUUUGAAGAAGCCAUGCUCUUGGAACAGUACCAGGCCCAGAUCAGUUCGGCCCUGACUCCUGCAUUUGCUGCGGAUUCUUCACCGGAGCUCGCCGCGGAGGCUGUCCAUGUUUGCGCGGCUUUUAUCUCCACGGGUAUCGUCACGGAUGUAGAUCGUAUGGGACGCAUCCUGAAGACGCUUGUGACGGGCUUGGAGAACUUCACCAACGAAACCGAGAACGUUGGGAUUGGAGACCUCCAGGGACUUAGUCCCAAUGCUCAAGUUAUGGUCAAGAUGUCUGUAUUCUCGGCGUGGGCGGACUUGCAAGUGGCCAGUACCGAGCAGCAAUAUCUGCACAAUGUCCUCAAGCCUCACAUUGGAAAGCUGACCCCGUUGUGGUUGGCUUCCUUGCGAGAAUUUGCCCGGCUGAGAUUCGAGCCCGAUAUCUCAAUGACUCUGGGGCCUCCAUCCCUAUCUGGCAGUCUGGACACCAUCUAUGCGGCUCUGAACCGCGAGACCCUGCUCAAGUUUUACCAGGAUUCGUGGCUCAAACUGGUGGAUGCGAUCGCCAGUCUGAUUGAGCAAGACAGCGAGUUUGUGUUCGACGCGUUAGAUGGUAAGGAGACUGAAGGACCCGCAACCAACGGGGAGUCCAAGGGUGCGGAUAUCAACUACCGCGAUGAGCCUGUGGCUUUCUUCUUUGUGCUUUUUGGCAUUGCCUUCGAAGCAUUGGCAACUAGACCCGGCCAGGCCGAUUCGCUGGCAACUCAAGAACAAACACUCGAAAUCUUGCAGGCUCUUAAGAAGAUACUGCAUCCAAGCGUCUCAGGUCACGCCAUAUACAGAGAGGCAAUCUUCUCGGAAACGAUGGAUCUGCUUGACCGCCUUGUCUUGACCGAAGGACUCGAUGUUCAAGGGGUUAUCGUCGAGAUUGCCCGGGCUUUGUGCAUAGCUCAUCCUUCUGCCAGAAGGGACGAGCAACCUGAAAGUGGCGAUCUGACUGAGGACAUUGAGCAGCUGUUUGAGUUGACUCGCAUCAUCGUUUUGGUGCUCUCGGGGCUCCUACCCAAUCUCACAGAGGCAAACCAACCUGUUCGCCAACAGCUCACCGAAGAAGCCGUGCUGCUCAUCAGGACAGGUCUGAGCGCCAUUGUCGACGCUGCUGAGGUGUUCCCUGCCAUCAUCAAAACGGACUUGCACGCCUGCAUCAUCCACAUCUUUGCUACUAUCCUUGCAACCCCUUCGUGCCAGGACAUCAUCGUCCCGCAGGCUCUACCCAUGUUAAAGCGAUUCAUUACAAGCAUGAACUCGCGCUCGCCGAGCGAAGGCAAAUCCCCAGGCGAUAUUCAGCUUCAGGGAUCUCUGCGCCGUUUCCUGUCCAUCUAUCUAAAUGCCCAGAAGCGCGAGGUGCCCUCCUCGCUUCAAUGCGUCAAGAACUGUCUCCUCGCAAUAACCAUCCUGUUCACGGGAGGGAACAACCGGCUGGCAGCCAACAAUGGCCUCGUCACACGAUUCCUCGACGAAGUGGUGGAUUGUCUGACGGAUCGUAUGACUGCCAAAAUCGCAGCCAACUGCAUCCGCUCCCUCCUCCUCCAACCCUCCCCCACCCCAGCGGACCAAUCCAUCGCCCGGCACCUCCUCCCCCGCCUCAUCGCCUUCGUGACGGACACGGACCCUGACGACCCCGAAGAGGCGCGCAAGCUUGUCGCCCACAGCCUAACGCAGUACGUCGUCGUCGUCGGCAUCGACCACGCCCAGAUUGUCAUGUCCAUCGUAGUCCCCGCGUUGUUAUCGCGCGCCUCGAGCGAUGGGGCCGAAGUGUAUCGCGAGACAAGCACCAGGUUGCUCGAGAUGGCGAGUUUUGACCAGGCGGCGUUUAGGGGCGUCGUGGCCGCUAUGAGUGAAGGGCAGAGGGCAUUUAUGGAGGAGGUUAUCAGGUCGGGACGGGUGACGGGGGCCGAGGGGAAGAGGGAUAGUGGGGCGGGGCAGCCGAGUAUUGCGUUGAAGAUGGAUUUUGGAGGUCAAUGAAUAAGGAGAUGAGAUGGGCUGGGAAGGUAUUGGGUGGUCAAGUUAGAGAGAGGGAUGAACUGGAUGGGUUAAGAAUGUAGAAGCCAGAAGACAUACAUUCACGUACUAGGAUUAGUCGAAGCAGGUUGUGAGAUUUGGAAUUCUUGAUUUGUGGAGUCGGUGAUGUCUUGAUCCAUUAAUUGAGAUACUUUUGAGCUUCCUGGUGUCUGGCUACAACCGUUAUAUCGAGGUUUGCUGUUAGCAAAUAUCUGGACUUCCAGGUGUUCGUAUUCCAGCAGAAGGAUCAAGAGGCGCCGUUACCUAGCCUUUAAUACUUGG